ACAAGAGGAAAGAUCUAUUCAAUAGCAAGGACUCUCUUAAAAAAGCAGGUGAGAAGUUUUUCAAAAUCCUGGAGAGGAGAGAUACAAGAAUUUAAGCCAGAAAACUUUGGGCUGAAUGGGGAGUUUAGACUCACUAAGCUGCAAAGUUCCUCAGGACCAGCUCUUCAAUUAUCUCAAAGAUAUUGGAGAUGGGUCUAUUGGGAAAGAGACACCAGACUGCUCAGUCACUAAAUAUUACCAUGAUGAUAGCAUAAAUCUAGUUUCGACUAUAGACUUUUUCUAUCCACUGGUUGAAGAUCCCUAUCUUCAAGGAAGGAUUGGAUGUGCAAACGUCCUUUCAGACAUCUAUGCAAUGGGUACUGCUAGAGUUGACCACAUGCUCAUGGUCCUCGCAGUUUCUCUCGACAUGGAUGCUAAAGAAAGAGAAGUUAUUACCCGAGAAAUGAUCAGAGGCUUCAAUGAUACAGCUGAAGAAGCGGGUACCGCUAUUACAGGAGGUCAAUCAAUUCUCAAUCCCUGGCCAAUCAUUGGAGGAGUUGCCAAUACAGUUGUUAAGAAGGAUGAAUUUCUGGUUCCUAAUAGAGCUCAGGUUGGUGAUGUCAUCGUGCUAACUAAGCCACUCGGUACUCAAAUAGCAGUGAAUCUUAAAGAAUGGAAAUCUAAGAACAACGACAAAUACAAGAAAGCUCUUAAACUCAGAAUUGUAACUAGUGACGAUGUUGAGGAGAUAAAUAAAGUUGCAAUCCACUCGAUGGGUAAACUCAACAAAAACGCAGCUGGACUAGUCAACAAGUAUAAAUCAGGUGCUUGCACUGACGUCACUGGGUUUGGAAUCCUUGGCCAUCUUGAGAAUCUAGCUGAGGCACAGUCAAGUGACGGAUUGGAACUUAGAAUUAACAAGCUGCCUGUUUUGAAAAACUCAGACAAGAUCGAAGAAAGCAUUAUGAACUUCAAUCUUGUAAAAGGAUAUAGCGCAGAAACAAGCGGAGGGCUUAUGGCUUUCCUUAAGGAAAAGGACGUCAAGGAUUUCCAGAAUGAACUCGAAGUCAAAUAUGGAGAGAAAUCCUGGGUUAUUGGCGAAGUCAGAGAACGAAAAGAAGGAAAUAAAGCAACCAUAGCAAAAGAUGUCGAAGUUAUUUAUGCUGAUUCGGUGUUUUGAUAAAUUCUUAGCUCAAAGUGAAAACAAGAAUUUCUGAUUAUUGGAGCUCUUUGAUAUUUGAAGAGAUGAGCACUCUGAUAUUUGGAUCAUGGGCAUCAUGAUUUUCCUAUCUCGAAAUUAAGGAGAUACGA